AUUUGAACGAGGUUCGCGUAACCGUCCAUCAACUCGACAAUUUUUCGCUUAUUUCAUGUUAUCCCCGGGCAUCAAUUUGCAGAGUACGUUCAAAAUAUACAUUACUGAAUGCAUCACCGAAUGCGACGCUUACAUAAAUCGUUCAUACUUUCAUCGAUACACAGUAGUAGAAAACAAUGCACCAACCUAAGCUUUCUGUUCCAUCGUGGCCAUUUUAUUGGAUAAAUCAGUGAACGUAGCAGUCCAACAUCGUUUUCAGAGGUGGCGUAACCGUCAUGGUAUACCAGCGUGUAAAUGAAUAAAUUCCGUUGGUCGAAAGCCAAGUACAUUUGUGACACUACCUGGAUCAGCUUGUUGUAAAUCAACAAACAAUAUAAAUAUUCGCUUUGGGAUAAUACAUACAAGGAAAAAGUACGUUGAGGUCUAGCAAAGUGACAGAAGCAUAUAAACAUGGCAAAUACAAAACUGGCAAAAUACAUUUCAGUUGGAAGUAUCAUUCUAGUUCUAUACCUUUUAUACUUUUCACAUACAUUUUUCACUAAUAAAACAAAAGCUGGAGGGAGUCAGGUGCGAUCGAAGCUAUCUAAAGAAAGGGAAGAGACACGAGUGAUUGAGAGAGAGUGGCACAUCAAUGCAGACGAACGUUACACCUACCGAUCUCAGGUAAUGACCCUGACAAUUGCUAACAAUAAAUCCCAUUAUAAAAGUCAACAGGUGGAAUCAUCACUUUUGCACGAAUUUUCUCCUGAUAUCGAAGAUCGAGUACGAAAUCUGUUCAUCAAUGACAAUGGAAAUAACGAUCAACUUGAAUUCCAUGUGAUAAGCCCUGCCAUUUUGCCAUACAAGGGCAAUAUUAUGGUUGUGGCGAGAGUCUGGUUGAACUACGAGCGUCGCCAUUCAAUCGAUAAUCUGAAUGAAAAAAACCGAUGGCUUGACAAUUAUCUUUUCUCACAAUUGUUUGACGGCAAUAUGCGACCCAUAUCUUCUGGUAAUUUAGUCGGUAUCCCUGCGCCUACGCAAUAUGUAGCGAACGCUGGAUGCUCUGAUGCGAGAAUUUUCAGCUGGAAGGGAUCUCUCAUGAUCCUAUUUUACAUGACUAUGAUGGACAAUGAAGGAGUAAACAUCGGACAUCUAUUCAUACUGGAUUAUGAUCGUAACAUCCUGAGGAAGCCAAAAUUUGUGGAUUACAAAAUUGCCAAAAUUGAUUCAAACUGGUCACCUCUAGUAGUAGACGAUUUUCUUCAUUUCGUUUACACGAUGGAUCCAUUGAGAAUUUUAAAAUGUUUGAAAGAUGAACACAUGGAUAUUAUUUGCCAUUUCGUUACGUCUUUGGACACAACGCUACAGAAAUAUCCAUUCGAUAUCCGUGAAGAUAUCCUACGUGGAGGCUCGCCUUUUCUGCCGUAUAAGAAAUCUUAUUUUAUCAGUGUGGCCCAUUCAACGUUGUCAUACGUAGCUGGUGACCAAAGCCAGCAAAGCCCCAUAUAUGGUACAAACAUUAUACUCCUCAAAGUUUACCCAUUCAGGAUCAUUUAUGUAAGCGGACCUCUCAAAAUCCAUCCUCGUAUAUAUGACAACAUUCCACUUGUUCGCAAGCAUUUCCUUCCCGCUGCAUUCUUCUACCCCACUGGUCUCAUCGUAGAGAAUGGCGACACUAUAGACAUAGGGAUCCAUAUAAAUGAUUAUAGAGCAUUUAUAAUUCGCGUUACUGGAAUUGAAAAAGUCUUAGAUGAAGCCAUAGUAUUAGAUAGCAUGAGCAAUGAUUCAAUGGAAACAGAUCGUCCCAGAUAUAUACAGAAUUUUGUAAAACUUGCACUCAAGAAAUCGUAUUUGAAUCAAACUUUGACAAUUGAAGAAUUGCAAAACAUUUCUUAAGAAACCUGUCCGUGGUAUGACAUACACAUUGUCCUCUAAUAUUAGACAACAUUUUUCAUUCUAAGUUGUUUCAGACAUUGAAGCUAGAGUGACAUCACAAAGGAUGCCAUCAUAAAUAUAUGGGCCUAUAAAAGCAGGAUAUUUGAUUGCACACUGUAUGAUAUGACUAGUUUAUGUUCAAGUAAUUUAAAGAUCAUGUGCAACAGAUCGUCUGUCAUUUUUCAUAUUACUAUAACAUUCUUCCUAAGUAGUUAUGUAAAAUGUAAGAUAUAUAAAUGUAAAUUGAAACAAAGUAAAAUAAAGACAAGAAAUAUGACCAAACUGACGCCUUAUACUUUUCUACUCAAAAUCUCUCCAGAGUGUCCAAAAUGUGCAGCUGCCAGUUCAUAAUUACAAUCGUUUCCGAAAGGUGCAUAACUGUAUCGAUAUCCUCCACGGUAUUUGAAUGAGAAAGGUAUACAGACACAAGAGUUAUGCCUCAUCCAUUGCUAU